CGUAUCUUGACAGACAGGAUGCCGACCAAAUAAGACGCGACGACCGAUUUUGGAGAAAAAGAUCUACAUAUCUUCUUGAUCCUUGAAGAUGGCACUGAGUCCAGGGCAGCCUGUUGGGGGACUAGAGACAGGCAUGAAGCUGAACUUCCCCGAGCAGCAUGCCCAGCUGGCACAGUGCCUCGACGCCCUCCGGCAGACUGGGCGGUACUGCGACCUCACGGUCAAAGUACAGGACAAAAGCUUCAGCUGUCACCGUGCUGUCCUGGCCUGCCGGACUCCGCUGUUCCAGUGCCUGGGAGAUGACCCGAUCGUCCGUGUGGACUUCCUCCAUCCUGCUGCCUUCUCAGCACUCCUGGACUACAUGUACACUUCAGAACUGACCGUGUCCAGUGAGAGCUGUAGUGAUGAAGACCUUCUGGCCACUGCUCAGGCCCUACGGCUCCACCCUGUGGUCGAGUGGCUCACAGACUACCUCAAGGCUAAGGGAGCUGUCGACAAGGUACUGGAAGGAGAAGGAAACUUACAAACUGCGGCACCAUCUUCACUUUUUUUACCUUCCACUACUGAUAACCUGACUUCCAACGCAGUGAGCACCCUCUUUCCAAGAGUCAGUCAGAAUCUUCCCUUGCCUUUUCUGAACACCAACGCCUCCUUCAGUCCUCAUACAGAACUGCAGGGGGCCUCCACAAGCCUUGGGCAAAAGCAGCCAAUCGAGAGCUUGUUCUUCAAGAACACAGGGAAAUCCAAUGGAGCCACAGUAACAACAGCAGAUGCGAGCAACGCUGCACCUGGGAGGGAUCCACAGCUGUGCAGCUGUCACAGGUGUGGAGUACACUUCCUUAGUGCCAAAGUUUUGAAGCAGCACCUGGCAGUGUGUGUGGCAGAGGUGGGGGAAGGGCCCAGCUGCAGCCAGGACAGGGUUGCAGAAACUUCUCGUCACCAGAGGCCAGUGUUCGGCUGCUCCAGGUGCUCCCAGUACUUCAUAAGUGCCAAGACUCUGCAGAUGCAUCUGAAGGUAUGCAGCCGCCUGCAGGAGUACAGGUGCAGCCUGUGUCAGCUCAGGUUUGUGAGUCAGCGCGCCCUGGACUUCCACACCAGGGACUGCUGGAAGUCCAUCCAGGAGUUUGAAAGCCCGCAAGGCUCCAGAAAUACAAACAGAGGAGGAAACUCUGAGAAGCCGAAUGAAGCGCGCUCGUCUCCUCGCCAAAGAGGGAAGGGUGAUAACAGUGGAGCCCCUCAGCAGAAAACGUCCCAACAACAACAGCCCAGGAGCAGCAGUGACAAGAGCCUUGAGGAAGAAGAGAACAUAGAAGCAUCAGACAGCCAAGAGGUUCUGGUGUUAAAUGCUAAAAAAUCAACCGUCGACAUCAGCAGUCUGAUCACAUGUAAGCAGUACAGCUGUAGUCAGUGUGCCAGUAGUUUUCCUACUCCCCACAAACUACAGCUCCACAAGCAGCAGUGCACCAAGUCUGCCGUUCUGGUAGGCCAUCAACAACGACAGAAGUGGGUGUGUGCUAGGUGUACACUGCCUUUCCCAACAAUGUUAUCCUUGAAGAACCAUGGGCCCUGGUGUAAAAAACAGUCCUCUGACAACAGGAAUGGGGCAGUAAGUGACAAAACAGCAGCCAGCAGUAGCACAGAGGCCCAGCCCAUAGAAAAAGCCACUGUGCAAGAGGCUACUCCAAAUAAGCAAGGUGCUAGUGCUAAGUCUCCAGACCAGACACCAGAUACUUCCAGCUCCGUAACAUCUGAAAAGGGGUCUGAAGAAACUACAGCAGAACCAAGUAAGAAAGAUCCCAAGCCUGCGAAAGACAGGAGUAAAGAUAUUGUGGAGAAAAGUAACAAGAAGAAUACCAGUCUCACAAGGAGAGCUUACAGCGAUGGCAGUAGUCCAGUCCUUACUACACUGAGAAGCAGCCCAAGGCACAUGGGUCGAACACUCAGAAGCAGUCCCAAGAAACCCCACAUCUUGAGCAACGUUGCCAAGGGCAACCUAAGGAUCAAGCUGAUGAAGAAGGUGCAUAAAGCAGGGACUUCUCAGGCAGCUAGAAAUAGAAGAAGUGUGUCAGCAGCUGUCUCUAGCAAAGCAGCUGGCUCCAGCAUAGCUGCUGGUACCAGCAAAGCAGCAAGCAGUGCUGAAAAAGCAAACACUACUCCCGGGGCGGCAAGAGAGAAAAGGGCAAGUGAAGACAGUCCAAAUACAGCAAAAAGGCAGAGAAAAGGCACUUUGGUUCCCAGCAAGAAGGGCACUCUACCAAACAAGGCACAAACUGGGAAGGACCCCACCACAGAGCACAAAAACACAACUCGUGCACGAGAGGAGCAGAGCAAGACCAGUAAAAAUUCGAGCGCUGCCACUAGCACAAAACAAAGACCCCGGGUUGUUUUAAGGAGAGUUGACCCAGCCAUGGGGACCUCAAAAGGUAGCAACACCAUCUCAGCAAACAUAGACACAGUUAUAAAGCUGGAGCCGGAGGAUGAUGACUCAGACAUGUGGGGAGGUACCAGGAGUCCACAGCAGCGGAGUGGGAGGAACUUUGGCUCUCCUGAAACCAGCAUGUUCUCUGCACAGUAUCACUGCAACAACUGUGGCCUCAGCUUCCCACAGAGAAAGGCUAUGCAGGACCAUGAGGUCAAAUGCAAACAGGCUUUUGAGGAGGCAUACUGCCAACAGCUCAGCAAGGCUGCUAAGUCGCACUGCUGCCAGACGUGUCUGAAGCUUUUCUCCUCUGACAGCAGCCUUAGGGCCCACCGCCAGGCGUGCCAGGGUGCCGUGCUGUACCGCUGUAAGAUCUGUUGGGAGGACACCGACCAACCCAAGGCCCACAUGGAGAAACACUGGCGCUGGCACCGGCCCGCCGAACUACGCAACAACCCUUGUCUUAGCAUCGAAUCGGAUCUGCCUCUGAUCAAGUCUUUGUACAUGUCAGUCGUAAAGCCAAACGAGAAAUGGUCGUGUACCCUGUGUGAAGUAAAGAAGGGAAACGUCAGCGGAAGGUCAGCAGGGAGAGAAUUCAGGGACAGGUUAUCUCUAUGGUCGCAUCAGACAUCUGCUCACAAGGUUGUCUGGAGGAACCUGACCUGUGGGGAGUGCGCGGGAUCGUUCAAGUUCAGCGUGAGGGUGGAGUAUCUCCGCCACAUGUUUGCGAAUCAUGUCGAACUGAGGAAAGCACAGAAAGCGUUCCAUUGUCAGGUCUGUGGAAAAGUAUUCCAGGACAGGGGCUUGUUGGAGCUUCACCUGUACAGACAUGGUAAACACACAGCAAAAUAGGCAACUGUAACAAACAAACAAACAAACAAACAAAAUGUGUGUUACUUCUCAGGCCUUUAUGUAGUAACUUACUUGUUGAAACAGAUACAGUUCAUUCUUUAGACCAGAUCACUUAAUUUUCAGUCCAAGACAUUUGAGCAUAAGUAAAAGAAAGUAUAUAAUCUCAGUUCUGUGAUCUGAACAUUACCUCUACCAAACUAUAAUUAUUUUACUAAAUAUGUGUUACUCUAAUAGUUCAAUAGCAAAAAUUAUCUUUGAUUUUGUAGACAAGUUGUGUUUUCUUAAUACUAGAGUAAUGACCACGUUAAUUUUGAGUAAUGUAUGGUACAUCUACAUGUACAUGUACCUGACAGUAUAUCUACAUGGACAUGAAGACAGAUUGUCACACAUUGUUUUUGUCCCUUUUUAUGAGGGUACCUUGUUACUGUAUGUAUUAUCCCCUAUUUUUUUUAGUUGGGACUAUAGAAUAUUCCCAAGUUUAAGCAGUUUGUUAGUGUCCCAGCUAGUACUAAGCAGUAUUAGAUCAGAACAAUUUGUACAUCUCACACCAAUUUGUUGUGGUGCAUAAGUAAUUCCUUUGCGACUUUCAUAUUGCAUUUUGCAAGUAGUAAUCUUGUCAGGGUAAGAUAGUACAUCAUAUUGUGCAUUUACUCUUCAGACCAGUAUUACUGCAAAACUUAUAAAGUUUCACAAUUUAGAGUUCGAGAUUUUUUUGCUGUCAAAUAUUCAUUAGAGUUUAAAGAUGGAGGCCUUUUCCCUAAUUUGUUGGAUUAUUUUAGUUGCACAACUUAUGAUGACUGUUAACUUAGAAUGUUUCAAUCUGCUUUCCAUGUUGAUGACUUGGUGGCUAGUGGAGAGUUUAAUAUGAAGAGAAAGUGAAUAGUGUAAGUUUGUGACGUGUAAGCAUGUUGUCAUUCUGGUAAAAUAGUUUUUCAAGGUCUUGCUGUAGUAUUCAUUAUCUUAGGCCCAAGUUGGUAUUUUCUUCUACCGGUUGUACUUUUAUUAUUUCCAUUCAAAAUGCUCUUUGUUGUUUUAGUUAAUUUAUAGAUCUCAGUUAAGUAGUUCUGUUAUUGCCGUAGUGAAGUGAACAUAUAUUAUGUUCAUGAAAUUUGAACUUGUUGAAGUUAAAAUCAACAGUAGUUAGUAAAAAGGAGCAAGGUGAAUGGUGUUACAUCAAUUGACUUCAUCAUUUAUACAGUACACCGUAUGUGAUGAACUAUUGAAAAAAAAAGUAGAAAAUUUGUUAACAGUUGUUAUUGUUGUAUAUGUAAUACUAAUCAUAACAUGGUAUAUAUUUGUGUGAAUACUAGUAU